CUGUCCCGCCGGGCCGGGCCGGAGCGGGCCCGCAGCAGCCAAGACGCCGCGGGCCGUGCUGCGCGUGAAGAAUGGGGCGGCCAAGCUGGCCAAGCCGGCGGCGGCCACGGCCGAGGCGCCCGGCGGAGCCCCCGGGCCGCCCGGGCUCUUCAUGGAGCGCUCGCAGAGCCGCCUCAGCCUGUCCGCCUCCUUCGAGGCGCUGGCCAUCUACUUCCCCUGCAUGAACAGCUUCGACGAGGAGGACGCGGAUGGGGAUGGUCGGAGACUGAAAGGUGCUAUUCAGCGGAGCACAGAAACUGGACUGGCUGUUGAAAUGCCAAGCCGGACAGUCCGUCAAGCCAGCCAUGAAUCCAUCGAGGACAGUAUGAACAGUUAUGGAUCUGAGGGAAACCUGAAUUUCAGUGGAGUCCAUCUGGCAUCUGCUGGGCAGUUUAGUGACUUCCUGGGGAGUAUGGGUCCUGCACAAUUUGUUGGUCGUCAGACCUUGGCCACCACCUCCAUGGGGGAUGUGGAAAUUGGCUUGCAGGAGCGAAAUGGACAUCUAGAAGUGGAUAUCAUACAGGCCCGAGGACUAACUCCAAAGCCUGGCUCCAAAACUCUUCCAGCUGCUUACAUCAAGGCUUAUCUAUUAGAAAAUGGAGUGUGCAUUGCCAAAAAGAAGACAAAAGUGGCUCGCAAAUCAUUAGACCCACUAUACAAUCAAGUGUUACUGUUUGCCGAGAGCCCGCAAGGCAAAGUAUUACAGGUGAUAGUCUGGGGAAACUAUGGACGCAUGGAGCGCAAACACUUCAUGGGAGUAGCCAGGGUUCUCUUGGAAGAACUGGAUUUGUCAACCUUAGCCAUUGGCUGGUACAAGCUUUUCCCGACCUCCUCAAUGGUAGAUCCCACUACCGGUCCACUCCUACGCCAGUCCUCACAGCUUUCUCUGGAGAGCACGGUGGGACCUUGCUGUGACAGGUCUUAAUGAGUAAGGAAAAGGGAACUGCUUCUGUUUUUUAAACAUGCUGUCAAGGUUUUGUUUGCUGGAACUCUGACCUCAAGUGCGGUGCAUGUUCAAUCAGUUCUUAUGGAGCUGGAAGAGGAGGAUAACCCAGUGACCUUAGACAGAAGACAAGGGAGAGGGCAGUGCAAUCCUCUCCAUCUAAGUUGGAGGUGCCAUGGGGCAUGAGUCCUAGUUGUCAGUUAUCCAUACCCCUCAUGUUUAACUUCUCUCACAACCAUUCUGGCACCCUUAUUACAGAUCACCAUUUACCCUAGAAAGUCACAGCAUCAUUUUUUUUGAGCAGGGAAGGUAUUUUAACUUUGUACUUUAUGAAUUUCCAAACCAGACUUUUCUGGCAUUGCCUGAAAGGUUCAGAUGCAAACAUCUGAUCAGAAGAGAGCAGGGAUAGCAAGCUUUUAUGGGAGCUUUGUGUUUUUUAUACAAUCUUUCUCCUUAAAAAUGAAUUAAUAAAAAAGGAACUCUUUCUUUAGAGUAAAUUCUACAUCAAAGAAUCAUGUUAGUUGUAAAACAAUUGUUGGUUUGUUUUUAAACUGUGCCAAAUUACCAGCAAGUGUCUUUAAUACAUUCUUGGCUAACACUGCUGAUGAAGCAUAUUUGAUAGGAAAAUGAAUAGAGCAUACUUUACUCAGACCAGACAGUUCUAAUGGAGGCACUUAGCAUGAUAAUUAGCUGCAAUUUUGCUCAGAGAAACACUGAAAGUGGAGCUGAACAUCAGACUUUCAGUUUGCGAUGUGGUUUACUAGCACGUUGUCAGAUAAAACAUUCCACAGUUUACAAACUCCUUCCUUUUUGCCCUGCGUCCCUUACUCUACCUUCUGCAUUCUGUCCAUCUUUUCUGUGUACUGGUACAUAUCUUAUAAAGUGCUACCCUUCUUCUGCCAAGAUGUCAUGCUGUGAGUUAACUGGAAAUAAUAGUUUUAUUCAAUGAAAGGAAAGGGUGUGAUAUUUCUGGGAGUGCAGCAAAGAGAAACUCAACUUUUCAUCUUGUAAGGGGUUCUAGAGAGGGACUCAACUUGUCCCCUUCCAUGCUUAAAGAAGGUGGGUUUGCCCAAGAUGACCCUGUUAAUACACAAGCAUUGUUAGGUGUAUUGAAAGAGGAGGACACUUUUCCCAGAGUGCAGAAAGAGGUGGUGGUUGGGGAAUCUAACAGAUGCUCUAGUCAUAACAUAUGUAGAUUUUGCUUUAAGGACAGCAACAGAGAACAUCCAUUGCUAGUUGUAAGUAAAUGCAGGUUAACCCUGUAAUGUAUAUUCUGUAAGCUGCUGAGCAGACAGUAGCUGCUGUUAAAGAGAGUCAUAUAUACUAGAGCAGUGGAGGUAAUGUGCUAUUUGUAUUAGAUUGUUCAGGUGAUACAAAAUCUUAUGCUUGGAAACACCCAUUCCCCAAAGCCAAGGAGAAUUUUUUAGAAGGCUGACAGAUUUCAUGGGGUUCUCUUUAUGUGGGCCUUUCUGCUAGAUUUCUUGUCAUAAUUUUUAAUGGAGAUUUGGUGGCUAGUGCCUCAAAGUAGGUGCAAGGAAAUAUUUUGUUUGGUGAUUUAAGAAGCCGAGGUCCUAUGUAAUGCUCAGGAACCAGCAAAUUCCUGACUUGUCAUUGAAACACACUGGAUGUGUCAACAUGUGGACCACAAAUAUGUCAGAAUAUAAGCAUGAAGUUUUAUAGGAUGGAAAAAGUGCUUGUGGUGAUUGCUUGUCUGUGGCAUUUUAAAUUUAUUUUGAAGCAAUUACAGAAUAGGUGCAAAAAUAAUGGACCCAACAACGAGCUCUGUAAAAACUGAUAUAAUGUAAAAGGGGAAAGGGACAUAAACCUAAGAAUUUUAAGAGUCUCAAGAUAGUAAAGUUUCAACAUUUCAGUCCACUCUCUUAAUUUCUUUGGUAAACUAUGUCUCUGGCCUCACUCUAAUUAUUUUUUCCUAAUUGUAUUAGACAAUUUCUGUAUAUUAGCUGACAAAAGUUUGUUGCAUGCUGGUCAAACUAUGUUGUGACUCUUUUUAAAAAAACAAAAAAGCACAUUAACUGUAAUUCAAGUCAACACCUUUUCCUCUUGGUAUGUAGUAAGUACUAGGCAAUAUUGUACAAUAUGUGUAUGAACUAGAAUAGAUUAGGUAGAUUUAGUGGUUUGUAGCACUGGAUCUUUUAAUAACUACGUCUUUAAAAGGACUAUGGGAAAAUACAAAUACAUUCCAAGCCUGAUAACUGAAUGGCAGGGGUCCUAUAUUCAGUUAUUUAGAAAACUUUUUAUUGGUAUAUGGUUUGGACAUUAUCUACCUGUAUAUCUAGUUAGUCACAUUUUACCUAUGUUCAUUAGUAUGUAUGCAACUUUUUGAAACCUUUAAUUAGGAGUUGGGGGAUGAUAUACACCAAACUAAGUACCUUCAAGAAAUCUCCUUUUGGGACUGGCUUUGGUCCUCCAUGAACAGGAAAUUCCACAGGGUUUUUGUCCCCCUCUCCAAAAACUCUGCAAGCUCAAUGUGAUCAGUUUAGUUAAAAAUAGGACUUAUACAACUUUGACUGUCUUGUCUAUGUUUUUUAUUACAUUAAAAGGUCUUUGUCAGGUUAAAUUCUUAUUCUAUAAAUUGUAUUUCCUCUCCUGUGUUAUUUUAUUAACACCUGAUAGUAUGAAAACUGAAACUAGUUUUCACCAUCUGUUUGAUGCUGUGUUGUUUAUCUUCUGUUGCUCUGGGAUCAGGAUAGUGGGCUAGUAAGUUUGCUUCUGUUUCUUGUCAGUUUCACUUCCUGUUUCUUAUGGACUAAGUCAAUGUUGCAAUGUCUGGUUCCAUACACUGUAGGUCAUACUUAGAGGCAAAUAAAAAGUUUUCACUGAGAUUAAAACAAAGCAGAACAAAAUCACAGCAACUCUUCUAAUGACUCAUGCAGGCAUAGAGAUGAAGGGCAGGCCAGGUCCUUACAAUCAUAGCCCAAACUUCUCCAUUUCUCAGGCUAUAGAAGCUCACACUGUGGCUUCUGCAUUUAACUUAACUCACUAACUUUGGGUAGAAGUAAAGGAAAUAUUUUCUAACCCCCAGUUUUUAAAUAAAGACGCCAAGCGAUAGAGAGUCCAAGCAGGGUCUUAAGCUUAGAAAAGCUUAUUUUUGCCAAACCUAACUUUUUCAUCCAACUCCAAGAUAAUAUGAUGUGGUAGCUCUAACUUCUGCUCGGGUCAAUUAGAGUUUGUAAAAGUAGCAGUUGUCUUGAGCAGUUAGCAUCUGAAAUGUGAAUUUUGGUCUUCUUUUAAAAAAGGCAAAACAGUUGUUUUGUGUUUAAAUCUAGGUGUUAGUUAUUAUUGUUCUUUUUUUAAGCAAAAGGAGUGGUACAUACGUGGUGUGCGAGUAAAGAGGACCGAGUAUGGAGACUAGUUAGUGUCUGCCCAAGGCAAGGUUGAUUCUCCAUUUCUUUAAUUCCAAAAGCUAUGCUUAAUCUUGAUGGGAGGCUUGGUUUCAAACAGAAUGAAGGCUCAGUCCGUGGAUAUUAAUUUAUUUGUUUCUAUACUUUUUUCAAUGAGAGGAUGGUGAUGACCACAUCACUGAGGACAAAAUUAUCUUUUCCCAUUGAUAAUUCUAUGAACACAAGAAGAACAGAAUAUUAGAAGUGAGAGAACUGUUCUGUUAGUAAGCUGAACACACAGAAGCCAUGUUGGGCAAAAAAUCUGAUGUUCCAUCCUCCUGGUGUUGCUUUCCUUUCUCUCAACCCAUUUGGCAUGAUAUAGAGACAAAACAAGAUCCCCACCCUGCAACUGAAUCAGUAGAGACAGACCAAGGGAACCUCCACAGACCCAAGGCAUUAGGGUUUAGUCUCUGCAAGUCUGUCUGGAAGAAAAGGGCAAGGGAAACCUUGGCCUGAUCCUGGCUCAAAAAGUGUAUCCCAACUUCACAGCAAAGGAAUUUUUAGGGAGAUCACUGAACUCUUGCGCUGUAUAUAUUUAAAGUUUUUAAAUACUGGAUCCUUUAUCAAUCUAGUGUUCCAAAAUCAUAGGUCUUCUGGAGUCAGAACAUUACAAGUUCCUCUAUAAAGUUGAGGCAGUUAGAAGAACCUCAUCCUAAGCAUGGUUGGUAAUGGGUAGACAGCAAGACAACUUUUUUAUGAAAUUCAUUUUGAGUUAGUUUAUUACAUGCUAUUAUUAAUAUUUUAAAACAGGAUAAAUAUUUUUCUUUAAAAACAAGAUAGCAUAUGUUUUUUAACAGAUGACAUGAUUUAGCAUUUUCAAAAGCAUUUAAUGCUUUGGGUAUGAAGUUUACUCAUUCUUCUGAUUUAUAUGUUCUUUGUUAUAUUUUAUCAACAUUUUUUCCAAAAACGAACAGGAAUCUGUAAAUAACAACCAGAAAAGAGUCCUAUAGAAAGUUCUGUUGAAACUGAUCAUUAAAUUAUUAUUAAAAUAUUUGUUAACAUUCAUUAAAUCUCAGCUACUAUCCAAGCCUUUGUUGAAGAACUUGAUGUUGUAUUUUCAAGAUGAAAACUACUUAGCUAGUUUUGUCAUAAUUCUGUAUUCUGUAUAAAAAUCUUUUUAUAAAGAAAGUCUAAUAGGCUAACAAGCAAUAAUAUAUUCCAUUUGAUGUGCACAGAUUGUGACUUGCAGGCUGUAGUACAUAUUGUUGAUAAAGUAUAUAGUUGUCUUCAUUCUUAAUGACAUCACUUUUUAAAAGGACCAUAUUAACUUUGAAGGUAUGGUUAAUAAAAUGAAGAUGGGGCUAUUGCCAUGCGAGAAACAUUCAUUAUGAUAUAGACUUGCCCAUCGACAUGAGAUCUCUCUUAGGUUAUGAAUGCAACACAGCUGUAGGUAACUUCAAACUACAGCUUUAAUAAUAGUUUCAGUGUAAACUUCAUGACUGUUUCAGUCUCCCUGAUGUUCUUAGGCAAUUCAGUAUUUGUAGUUCGAUAAGGUUUUCCCACUGCCACUGCAGCGCCUCAGACUGUGAAAAACUUUGCACUCUGGGGUUAUGCCAAUUCUGCCCUCCAGCUGUGGUUCUCUUUAGGAUACCACAGGCAAACUAAAGGCAGAUUUUACUGAGUGGUAUACUGAGCUGCUCAUUAAAGCUUUUGUGGGGUUUUUUGUCCAUUCCACAGAUGGCGUUUUGUCAUUACAAAAAAUCCACCCAAGAUGGAGAUAAACAUAACUUUGUAAAGUAUAACGUGGGAUAAUGCAUAAGCCAGUGACAGUCCCAUGCAGUUCCACAGAAAGUUAGAUAAUGCUGGGUUCAUUUAAAGACCAUUCCAAAAUGGCAGGACCAGAAGAUAACUAGAUUUUAAGAAUGUUUUAGUAUUACAAGAUGCAAUGUAUAUUCAAUGCAAAAUAAAAUGUAGGUCUUGCAAUGAGUUCGGAUGCUCCUCCAUGUGAGCUCCCCCGUGCAUCAAGGAGUCUAUGGAGAAAUCCUCAUGUUGAUUUCAAACUUACUAAGCUCUUGGCCAGGUUUGCAAUGACAUGCUGGGCAGAAUAACAUAGCAGAAUAAACUUCCAUACAUCAACCCCAGUGUGGCAGACUAGAAUGUUUAUACUGUCAAUAACUGAAUAUACCCUGGUAAUAAAAAGACUGGUAGCUGACAAGCCUGUGUCCAUUAUCUCGGACUCCAACUGAACUAAGCUAUUAUAUAUAUGUAGUCCCGCUUCUUCUAAUGGGAUUAUAGGUGGUUUCGACCUCCAACAAUAUGGCCACUAUCUUGUUAACUUGUCAAAUCCCCAUCUAUGCUUCACCCCUACAUGACCAGCACCAACAUAAAAAUGAUACUUCAGGCAGCAACAGAAAAUUCCACUCCCUCCCGACACGUACACAACCUUGGCAGCAGUGUCUUUUUCCCAGGGAAUCUCUAACUUUUCUUCAAAGCAUGAACGCUUCUUAAUGGAGAUGUUGUCUUGAGGUCUUGCCCUCCCAUUAACAAUGGCUCAGAGGCAAAUCUCCUUGCUUUGAAACACAAUCUCUCCUUGGUUGCUACUGUCAUCCCUUCCUGGGUAGACAAUUUCUUCCAGCUUGAGCUUCUUCUAGAGCAAUAUGUAGCAGCUGAAAACAAGGAGGAGGAAAGAAGCCUGCCAGUUCUCAGCCAGUUCUCUACACAGCACCAGCAAAUGCAGCUUAGGACUUACCGGUCUGUGUCUUCAUCACUUUCCAGAGCUGUAACAUGAAACAGACUUCUGCAGCCCAGAUAUUCAGAAUUUGCCUUUCUGUAGCAAGUUGCAUGCCUUGGGAGCUGUGACACAGCCUCGUCUGUGAGAAAAGGGAUUACUUGAGUCCUGGCCACUGAGCAAUAAGUGGUUAGGAGAGAAAACCAAUCAGAAGGCCAAUUUGGAACAAAUCCCAGUCUUUAUUCAUGCAAAUUCCCACUAAAACCAAGCUGAGUUGGCUGAAUAAUAACUGCAGCACUAAGCCUUAAGGGCCAGGUUUUAAAAUGGGUUUCAGUGCCUAAAGAUUUAGAGAGGUUCAGACUGAGAUUCUCUGCAGAACUUUAGAAUAUCCCGCCAGAUACCUAUCUGAAUGUCUAGGUGCCUACAUACCUUUACAGUUUUGUCAGGUGGGUUAAUACUGUUUGAUCCAUCACAACCUCUCACUCCUCCAUUUCCACAAAUCUGUCUUCUCAAGUGGAGUGUGUCAUUUUGAGAUAUUUAGAGGGGAGAAAAGAUUUAGAGUAAUAGAAAAGGCCCUCUCACCAAGCCAUGUGAGAGGGCCUUUUCUAUUAGCUGGAUGGUGACACACCAUGGAGUCAUGGCCUGUUCUCAUUUCAUAAGGGAAGAAACAGUAGGCAACCCCCCCCAGCAGGUGAAUCAAGCUACAUCCCCACAGGGAUUGCUCUGAUCCCAAGAUGAGGGUGGGGAGAGUGCAUGGCAGAAAGGACUGGCUUUUUAGGCAGCUCUCCAUUUUGAGUUGGAAAGGAAUCGUGGGCAUGGACAAUUGCAUUGUUGAACUAGCCAGGACUAAGGACAGUGCCAUAAACUGCCACCUGCUUAGAUGCAAAACUCUCAGCCAUUUUCAUGACAGCUUUGCCUCCAGAUCAAUGGCAGGCUUUUCCCCUAGGAGGAGCUUCUAGCAAGGAUAGAGCAGAAUCUGUGACUUCAAAUUCCAGACAGACUAUCAAGGUUAGGGUAGAUGGAAUCAGGAGGGGAGCGCUCCCCCUACCAGCAAUAAGGCAAGGGCAGCUGUCCCUUCACACUUCUCUGUUCCACUCCUCUUGCCUCUCCCUCAGCCAGUUCUCUCCUUUUGAUAGGAUUUUUCCUCCUCAAGGUCCCAGCUUUAUUUCAAAUGACAGAGAUUGGAGGCUGAUCUUGGCUCCAGGUAGGUGCCACUGGGCUGACGUAUUUCAUUCUCCUGGGGCCACUACUGCAUCCAGACACUGCUGAGAAGUGAGACCAAGUCAGCAUGGGGUUGAGCCCAUCAUCAACCAUCCUUAACCUAAGAUGCAACUCCUGUGAGGCUUUCUGCAUCACCCAUGCCAUUGUGCAGGCCAGGGAUGGUGAUGACACCCAGCUCUGUCUUCUCUAGCAUUUCUACCAUAGUGCAGCCACUUUCUGUCCUGUGUGGAAAAGUAGCUACCAAACUUCCUAGUGUAGAUGCACACUCAAGACCUGGUCCUGCUGCAGCUGCUAAACAGAUUGGCCACUUGAUCUCUGGGGGACCAUUCACAUCAGGAUUAUCCACAGGAAUAAGUGCUGCAAAGCCUGGUCCUUAAUCUGGGAUUAAAGUUUAAAUUACCUCGAGGUAGCAUUGUGUAAGUCUCCAAAGAACCCAGCAUUCUCUGUGUAUAACCAGCAAGGAACUGCUGCAUUCCUAGAGCAUGACAACCUGAUCUCUCUUUUGACUGUUGUCCAGUCUGAUCUUCUUUGGUUUCCACUUGGCAUCUCUGUGGUUUGAUCAGUGCCCAGGUUGUCGUGCUGGUGCUCUCGCUGUCACAAGGAAAGCUGCUUUAGUUGGACAGAGACCAUUUUGACUUAUUUGCCACUCUCCUUACAUUAUGGCAUUCACGGGGGAGACUGUCAAAGGGCCAAGUGGCAGCAAAAUGCCUAACUCCUGUUGCCUGUUAGAGGCAGGCAUCCCUGGCUGACACUUGAGCCACUAAAACGUUCCUCUGUAUUUUCAUGCAUGACUCGGCUAAAUCUCAUGCAUGACUGCAUUGCAGGAGAUGUGCAAACACACAUGAUCACCUUUCAGUGACCAGGAGGCUGGCAUCCCAGUUCUCCAGGAGUCACAGGAGCACUGCCCCCACAGUGAAUCACUUGCAAGGUAUGUGGACUCCCUUGGGUGGAAACCUUUGGAGCAGAUUGCUCCAUCCAUAUCGCACUGUAGUCCGUGAAGCGUGGUGUGACCCGGCGCGCCAUGCAUAGCGCCGUUCGUGGGCUAGUUGUCUGUAUUUAAAGGAGGGUUCUGCUGUACUUUUUUCCUGUCUGUAGGUUUUAUUCAGCCAAUGUGUUGACGAUUGAGUGAUUUACAAUUCAGUGUUCAGCUAAUGACAAUGUUGAUAAUGGUGAUAAUAAAAACCUUUUUUUUUCCUAAA